AUAGUGGCCUGGAUCAUGAACUCGUGAGUGACACACUCUCUGGCUCGGACAGGCUGAUGAUGAUUCGAAGGUGCGACUCGAUCAACCUUGAUGGCACGCAGAAGCCAUUGAAUGAAGAGCGAGGGACAUAUGGGCAUGCCCAAAAGAUGCGUGCCUCUAUGACAUAUGCGUUUGGUAGGCUCCAGGGGCUUGGAAAUAUGUGGUGGCACGAGUCGGAUGUUGGAGGUGGUGUCAUGGUUGGCAAUCCCUCCAUAUCAACGGUGAGCAAUGUCUGGCCUCCCGAGUCAUGGAUAAUGAUAGUCAACCCCUCACAGGACAUUCUGUUCAAACUUUACCACCACAACCACCUCGAUGAAAACUGGGCUAUUCAGCCUUACCAGCCUGGCGAGCGCCUCAACUCACACCACUGGGGCGGCGGCCGUGCUCGGAGGCUGCUGCAGGCCGCAUACACCAUAGCAUUUGUGUGCAUGCUGCGCUUCGACGAAGUCCUCAAGAUCCAGGUGCACGACUUUGGAGUGUUCGAGAAGGGAGUGACACUACACCUUCCUUUCCGCAAGACGCAUCAGAAUGGAGAUAUCAAACCCUUCCACUUGUGGGCCUUCCCACCACACGAGGCCCACAUCUGCCCUGUCAGAGCCCUCGCAGCCUGGCUGUCCGAGUCGAGGAUCAAGUCUGGGUAUCCAGAAACAUUGCUGAUGAACUUACAGACCUCCGAACAAUUCUUAGAGCUUUUCCGCAACAACUUGCUGGACAUAGGCAUCGAUCCGGCCCCAUAUGGCACCCACUCAUUCCGACGAGGAGGCUGCCAGUACCUACAUGUCGAAAGACGUUGGGCGCUAAGGAAGAUCUGUGAGUGGGGAGGCUGGAGUGCCGAAUUUUCGAAUCUGACCAUAGUCAAAUAUCUCAUCUCAUCGAACGACGACCCUGUUGAGCCAAGGGAGCAUUUCUUCAAUCCUGAUAGACCUCCCACUGUCAAGUGCCCCCACUGCGGGAGAUGCUGCCCUUGUGGCUGA